UGACAAGGGAGAUCACCACCAAGUCCAAGAUGGUGGACGGCUUGCCUCAUCGGUCAGCAGCACUGUGAUCCGCAAGAAGCGUCAUAUAUCAAAAUGCCUGUAGCACACGUGGAGCUGGAAUCAGACGCGUACCUUGUUUGCCUUACUCAUGCUCUGUCUACCGAGAGAGAAGAAGUUAUGGGGCUUUUAAUUGGAGAGGUGGAUGAAAAAACAGUGGUGCACAUAUCAGCAGUCAUUAUGUUACGACGGUCUGACAAACAGCCAGAUCGUGUGGAAAUUUCCCCUGAGCAGCUUUCUGAUGCCUCAACUAAAGCAGAGUGGCUAGCAAACCGGUUGGAACGACCAAUGCGUGUGAUAGGCUGGUAUCAUUCACACCCCCACAUCACAGUCUGGCCCUCCCAUGUUGAUGUUCGGACACAGGCUAUGUACCAAAUGAUGGAUGAGAACUUUGUUGGUCUAAUCUUCUCUGUCUUCAAUGAAGAUAAAAAUACAAAGAACAACAGGAUCCAAGUGACAUGUUUCCAAGCUGUUUACUCAGGGGGUUAUGGAACUGAACAUGAGAAAUAUGAAGUGCCAUUAAGGAUUGUGCCCAAAAACUCCAUAGGACGGGCAAGCCUGGAAGCACUAGUGGAACUACCAGCAAUCUUGAAACAAGAGGAAGAAGAUGCUUAUGAAACAGCUGCAGCCUCAGUGACUCAUGAGGAUCUCAUCACUCACAUACACAAUAGCUCUGUCUUCACCAAGUCUCUUUGCCAUGUUAUGGAGGUGCUGAGUGGACCUCUUAUUAACACGUUAGAAAAUCGACUGGAAAUCAACAGAGUCAGAUGCCAGCAGUUGGAGAAACACAAGGAAGUACUUCUGAAAAAGCUGGAGGAGAUGAAGUGCAAUGUUCAUGGUGAUUGCAUGAGCAGCAACAGGCAGUGAACACUGCUCUUUGUCAUCACCAAAUACUGAUAAUCAAACACUUAUAGUCAGUGACUAGCUUAGAACAGGAAAUCAUUGACACUAAAGUGAGGCUGAGAGGUACAAAGAGGGGAUAGUUUCUGGCCUCAGCACUACCAUACUACAAGGAUGCUUUUUAUUUAAUCUAAGCUAUAAACUAAAUAAAUGAUGUUUUUUAGGAUAAUGGAUUAAUAGAACAUGACUACAUUUUUUAUGUGAUAUUCUCAAAAUUAGGGCAUCUUUUUCAGAUUUCAUUUUCAUGGUUAAUCUGAGAAAGGGUUUCUCUUGAACUGAAGAGGUUAAUGAACGAGAAGGAAUGAGGAGGGAAUGAGAACGUAUGUGCAUUCAUGUGUACUUGUACACGUUCUAGCAUGUAAAAACAAGUGGAUUUGUGUUUAUUUAUGUUCAUGAACAAGGUGUUAUGUAACUUUUUAAAAAUUACUUUUCUGAAUUCCUUGCCUUUCAUCUCUUUUUGUGUGUGUACUUACAAAUACAUGCAGAUAGAAACGCUUACAAAUGAAUUUAAAAAUAGAAAUUAUACAAUUUGUGAGAACAUUUUCAAAUGUGAGUACAAUAGAAGCAUUGUUGACUGGUGCUGUGCUAUCCUUUACAAAGCAUCAUGUCACAGACAUAGAUUUAAGGUAUAUAAUUAUAGAGAAUUUAUUCUGCUUUUGAAUACAGAGGUUUUUUACCUAGAAUAGUUCUUGAGUACAAAAUUUUAAAAAUGACCUAAGUGUAGCUGUUGGUCAGCAGUAAAUCUUGCACCCUUCAGAAAUUGAUAUUUUCAUAUGCUAGCAUUGAAUUACGCUUAAUUUUAAAGUUGUUGGUAUUUGCAGUUUGUUACGAAAAGGAGCUGCACUUUUGAAAUAAAGGUUUGGAAAAUCA